GCAAUCAUGGCGGAUGCAGAGCAGAAGGAGCGACAGUGUGAGGAAGAGAUCCUUCCGAAUGGCGAGGCGCAUGAUUUAAAAGAAGAGGAAGAACAUGCCGAAGAGGCGGCCAAGAAAAAGAAGAAAAAGAAGAAGAAGAGCAAAUCAGCCGCCUCAGGCAACAAGGAGGCAGACGGAGUUGGCGAAAGUGUUAAAAAAGUGACAGAACAAUUGGAGCAGCAAGCCUUGGAGGAUCAUGAUAAAGAAGAUGAUGCAGAAGAUGAUGGAGAGGAAGGUGACUCCGCAGGUAAAAAGAAGAAGAAGAAGAAGAAGAAGAAAGGACCUAAGGUGCAAACCGAUCCUCCCUCAGUUCCCAUUGCUGAGCUGUACCCAAAUGGCGUUUUCCCCAACGGGCAAGAAUGUGAAUACCCACCCUCACAAGAUGGGCGAAGUGCUGCCUGGCGGACGAGUAGUGAGGAGAAGCGAGUCCUGGAUAAAGCCAGUGAAGAAAUUUGGAAUGACUUCCGGCAGGCGGCUGAGGCACAUCGGCAGGUCAGACGCUACGUCAUGAGUUGGAUCAAACCUGGAAUGACCAUGAUUGAAAUCUGUGAGAAACUGGAGGAUUGCUCAAGAAAGCUGAUCAAAGAGAAUGGCUUAAACGCUGGUCUGGCUUUCCCCACGGGUUGUUCUCUCAACCACUGUGCUGCCCAUUACACUCCCAAUGCUGGAGAUCCUACUGUGCUGCAGUAUGACGACGUCUGCAAGAUUGACUUUGGCACACACAUUAAUGGUCGAAUUAUUGACUGUGCCUUUACUGUCACCUUCAAUCCAAAGUACGACAAACUGCUUGAGGCAGUGAAAGAUGCCACUAAUACUGGAAUCAAGUGUGCCGGAAUUGAUGUUCGUCUGUGUGACAUUGGAGAGUCCAUACAGGAGGUCAUGGAGUCAUAUGAAGUGGAGUUGGAUGGGAAAACGUAUCAAGUGAAGCCGAUUAGAAAUCUUAAUGGCCACUCCAUUGGACAGUACAGGAUACAUGCUGGCAAGACAGUACCAAUUGUGAAGGGUGGUGAGGCAACAAGGAUGGAGGAAGGAGAAGUGUACGCCAUUGAGACCUUUGGGAGCACAGGAAAAGGCAUGGUCCACGAUGACAUGGAAUGCUCUCAUUACAUGAAAAACUUUGAAGUAGGACAUGUGCCAAUAAGGCUCCCAAGGGCCAAGCAUUUGCUGAAUGUCGUAAAUGAGAACUUCGGCACAUUGGCAUUUUGCCGUCGCUGGUUGGACCGCCUGGGUGAGACCAAGUACUUGAUGGCAUUGAAGAACCUGUGCGACUUGGGCAUCAUUGACCCAUAUCCCCCACUGUGUGACACCAAGGGCUGCUAUACUGCUCAGUUCGAACACACCAUCCUGUUGAGGCCUACGUGCAAGGAGGUGGUCAGCCGAGGAGAUGAUUAUUGAGCAUGCCGACUCGUCGCAGGGUUCAGGGACAUAUGUGGUUAAGCCAAAAUAUUAGACAACCCAGAAAGAUUAUUUGGGGUUGGGGUUGGGGUUGGGGG